GGCCGCACCACUCGCGGCCGCGGGGGAGUGCAGGAGUGUAGGCGAGGCGGGCGGUCACCAGAUGUAUUGGCAUGCGCGAUCACUAAGCCUUCUGGGAAAAACAUGGAAGACAACUAAGGGACUAAUAGGUCCCAAGGCCUUGGGAUGAAGCCUACAAGAGUGAAGACGGGGAAAUGAGGCCUCUACACUCUGGGGAGACAUGAUGUGUCACGGUGAGCACAGUACUCACCCCAGGGUGAGAAAGGAUCAAAUGCCUGGUUGGUGUUCUGCUCUAUCAUCCUCCUCUUGGUGGAGAAAGGCUGGAAACCCUCAGGUCUGCUGUCUUUUCCUCAGGACCCUGGGAGCAGCACCCAGAGUCCACGGCCUGGAGGCCGGGCAUCACCACCCUGGGUGUAGGCCUCCUUCACCCACAGGGCCAUGGGAUAAGCCCACCGUGGAGGAGGCCGUGGACUCCGGGCCCAGGACGGUCAGCAGGAGGUAUCUGAGCUCCCUGAAGAACAAGCUGUCCAGCAGGGACUGGAGGAAAUCUUGCCAGGCUAGGACCUGCCCCGGCCCAGGGACACAGGAGCCUGAGGAGAAGAGGAUCGUCCAGGAGCUGCUGGAGACAGAGCAGGCCUAUGUGGCACGCCUCCACCUGCUAGACCAGGUGUUCUUCCAGGAGCUGCUGAAGGAGGCCCGCAGCAGCAAGGCCUUCCCCGAGGAUGUGGUCAGGCUCAUCUUCUCCAACACCGCCUCCAUCUACCAGUUCCAUGCGCAGUUCUUCCUCCCAGAGCUGCAGCGGCGGCUGGACGACUGGACGACCACCCCCCGCAUUGGCGACGUGAUCCAGAAGCUGGCUCCCUUCCUGAAGAUGUACAGUGAGUAUGUCAAGAACUUUGAGCGAGCCGCGGAGCUGCUGGCCACCUGGACUGACAAGUCUCCACCCUUCCAGGAGGUUAUCACCCGCAUUCAGAGCUGCGAGGCCUCGGGCAACCUGACCCUGCAGCACCACAUGCUGGAACCUGUGCAGAGAAUCCCACGCUAUGAGCUGCUGCUCAAGGAGUAUGUCCACAAGCUGCCAGCCCAGGCCCCAGACCUGGCUGAUGCCCAGAAAGCCCUUGACAUGAUCUUCUCAGCUGCUCAGCACUCCAACGCAGCCAUCACUGAGAUGGAGCGGCUGCAGGAACUGUGGGAAGUGUACCAGCGCCUGGGCCUGGAGGACGACAUAGUAGACCCUUCCAACACCCUGCUGCGCGAGGGCCCUGUCCUCAAGAUCUCCUUCCGCCGCAUCGGCCCCAUGGAGCGCUACCUUUUCUUGUUCAACAACAUGCUGCUCUACUGCGUGCCCAGGGUCAUCCAGGUGGGCGCCCAAUUCCAGGUCAGGACCCGUAUCGACGUGGCCAGCAUGAAGGUGCGGGAGCUGACUGACGCCGAGUUCCCCCACUCCUUCCUGGUGUCCGGGAAGCAGCGCACCCUGGAGCUGCGGGCCCGCAGGUCCCAGGAGGAAAUGAUCUCCUGGUUACAGGCCUGCCAAGCCGCCAUUGACCAAAUCGAGAAGCGGAAUGAAACCUUCAAAGCUGCAGUCCAGAGCCCUGAGGGAGACACCCAGGAGCAGGAGCUGCAGUCCGAGGAGCUGGGCCUCCGGGCGCCGCAGUGGGUCCGUGACAAGAUGGUGACCAUGUGUAUGCGCUGCCAGGAGCCCUUCAACACCCUGAUGCGCCGCCGCCACCACUGCCGGGCCUGCGGCUACGUUGCUCUCACAUCCCCACCUCCUGGGCCAAGGCACGAACGGGGACCUCCAUGCCUCACCUCAGCCCGCAAGCCCCUCCUGCCUGUCCUCCCCCAGGUGGUGUGUGCCAGGUGCUCCGACUACCGGGCUGAGCUCAAAUACGAUGACAACAGGCCCAACCGAGUCUGCUUAGACUGCUACACGUUCCUCACCGGAAACGUGCUCCCCGAGGACAAGGAGGACAAGAGGCGUGGCAUCCUGGAGAAAGGAGCUGCAGCGGGGUCCGAGCAGAGCCUAAUGUGCAGCUUCCUACAGCUCCUCGGGGACAAGUGGGGCAAGAGCGGGUCCCGGGGCUGGUGCGUGAUCCCCCGGGAUGACCCCCUCGUGCUCUAUGUCUACGCUGCUCCUCAGCCGUCUGAGGCAGUGGCGCCGAAUGGGAGGACAGCGGCCCACAGCUCUGCCCUCCCCUCCCAGGACAUGCGGGCCCACACCUCCAUCCCCCUGCUGGGCUACCAGGUGACCGCUGGGCCCCAGGCGGACCCCCGGGUCUUCCAGCUGCAACAGUCAGGCCAGCUCUACACCUUCAAGGCCGAAACCGAGGAGCUGAAGGACCGCUGGGUGAAGGCCAUGGAGCGGGCGGCCAGCGGCUGGAGCCCCGGGGGGCCCAACGACAGGGACCUGUCUGACUGAGCCACAGCCGGGCCCUCUCCCCCUCAGAGCCCUGCUCCUGCCACGCACGGGCUGACACUUCAGCUGACCCACCACCCCAAGCUGAGCUUUCGAAGAAUCGAUUUCCAGUCGUCUGUGUUCAGACCAUGUGUCCUGAUUUGAGAUUCAGAAAACAUGGGUUCAUUCCUUUUGGGAGGGGAUGACGAAGCAUCCCAGUUUGCCCAGGGCCUCGGGGUUUCCUGGAACAUGGGACUUUCAGUGCUAAAACUAGGAAAGUCCCAGGUAACCCAGGACUGUUGGUCACCAAUGUGGUUCACAUGGCUGGCUGCACAUAUGUAUCACCUAGGAAGCUUUAAAAAAUACCAGCAAAUAAAUAUAAAAAUAAACUAAAAAUUCAAAAAA